AUGGAUCUCAUUGAUUGAACAGGAGCUCACCUCACACCUUCAGGAAAAGAGUAAAAGUGUUCAAGUUUAAGUGUUUUUAUUUCUUCGUAAGAAGUACUCAUACGCCACGAUAAGUGUGAAGAUUUCCGUUUAAUUUUACUAGGAAACAAAUGGUCAAAAUUAUGAAGUGUAAGUGGAUUUAAUCAAUUUUCCCCUAAUAUUAGCAAUUUUAUCAAUGUGCUAUUCAACGUUUAAUCAAUCGGUUUUUCAAUCAUCUUUUCCGUCGAAGCUAUUUAUUUAAGAUACCUUUUUUUUGUGUCACCGAUGCUAAUCUGUGUGAUAGCUCAGUUUAAACUGAGGAUGUAAUAAAGAAGUGUCGGAAAGAAUGGGAAAAACAUCAAUUAAACGUACGAUAAGAGAUGUGGUCGUGUGCAUGAAAACCACAUGAGUCUAUUAAAUUAGUGUUAAUAAUAUGUUUAAAGUAGCGUACGAUCGUUUCGCUUCGCAUUGAUUUCCUUGUUUUCUCCAGCCAAUCUCUCUUCUGAAGUAUCAUUGACUGAAUUUCGAGUUCGCGCUCGCCUUUGCCAGCGCAUAAUUCCAUGUGCAUGUGUGUGUGUGUGUGUGUGUAUGUUUUGUCUGCACAGCAAGUGAACUCACACGCACCCUGCGAUUUCUAUAUCAUUAAUAUCCCGAUGUAGCUGGCUAAAUCGAAUCUGGCCGCAGCGCAGCAAAACAAAAACGGCAUAAAGAAAUAGUGUUUGAGCAUAAAAUGUGAACAAACAACACAACGAUCGACCGCAAGGCGCAUAAUUGAUGGUGAAAAACCAAUUGGAAAAUGAUCAUACGAUGCGAGAUGUGUAUAAAUAUGCCGAUAAUCACCUGUUUGAUAAUAUAUGCCAAUUAAUAUUGAUCACUGGAUCAUAAUCACAAUUGCUCGUGCUCGCGCUUCGAUUUCGUUGCCAUAGCUUUAUUUUUGCUACAAAAAUUUAAAUUGAUUUAUUGGCUCAAUUAGUUUUGCGUAUAUGUCUCCUCUCUGCUGUGCACUGGCACAUACGAUGGACGACGAUGGAGUUGCUGUUUUUUGCAUUUUUUUUUUUCUCUCUCUUAUUUUUCGUCUUUACAUGCUUGCACGCAUAUUCGAAACGGUGAAAUUUUUACGCUCGUUUUCUUCUCCGUCAGAAACUCAGAAAUGAAAAUGUUCUUUGAUUCGAUGGCAACAUAAUUUAUCGAAAAUACGGUCGAUUUGAGUACACACACACACACACACACAUACGAGACACAGUUUCUGUAAAAUAUCUUUACAAAUUGGCCCAAUCAAUUGACGAAUGCAAGAGUCGUACGCGCACGCACACACAAACCCCGUAAAUAAUGAUCUAAUAAAUUUUGCAAAGUGUAAAACCACAAUAAAGCAUUAAAUUACCGGAUUAACUCUAUAAACAAAUGCGAGAUUCAUUCACGAAAAGCCGUGUGCGUUUUUUUUUUUUUUGAAACAGGCAUUUGUUGAGCACGUGUUUGAAAACAUCGAAUUCUUCGCAAUGAUUUAAAGCCGGUUAGCAAACGCCGCUUUAUUUUCGUCUGAUAUUUUGAAUUGUUUCUCAUUCGUCACGCAUUUCGAUUAUUACAUAAUAUUGAGUUAAUAAUUUGUGCCGGCAACAAAAAUAAAAUGCACACGCAGUCAGUGAUCGAAAACAUAACAAUGUAGCGGUGCGAUUGGCGUCAGGCCAAUUAAUCAACCGUUAAACGGAAAUUCUAGUGAAUAUUAGUCACACACACACACAAACAUACCAAAUUGAAUUGCCUUUAUAUGGGUUUUGGGAUUUUCGCAUUCUGUAAUAUCGUGAUUGUUUUUCGAGUCGUUAAUUUUUAAGUUAUACAUUAAAAUUGAUGCGGUCAUAUUAACAAUACAUGGCUUAAUCAUACUUCGUGUUUUGUUCGCAGUGAAAAGUCGUUCGGUGUUUGGUCGCGUGUCAUACUCGGCUCAUGUAAUUGAUAUCUCGCUCUUUUUUUAUCGUCAAUUUGUCAUUUUGCCUUGCCUGGCGCUGCUUAUUUUUUUUUUUGCUUCAAUAUUCUCUCGUUGCAAAACGGUGUGUGUCACGAUAACGAAUUCGUAUUUGCGUUCACUCAAUGUUUGUACAUCGCAUCGUCAUAAUUCAGCUAUUUAGGAGGUAUGACGAGCGCACAACAGUAUUCCAGCUAUUCAAAUAUAAGGUGAAUCAAUUCGAUUGUUUUGCACCACUUGAAGCACAUUAUCAAUCUGAUAACUGGAGGAUUAAAACUUGUGAUGUGUUCACUCUGACUGUAUGACAAAUCCAAACAAUAACAAAGCGAUGUGUUUUAUUUUGCGGAAUGUGAUAAUCGAUUUGUUUAGAUCUUUGUUACUCAUCAAACAUGCUGUAGGUCAACGAUUGAACUAUUUAAGCAUCAACAAUUGUAAUUCGAAACGAAUCGACGAAAGCGAAUGUGGUGUGCGUGGAGCAUGCGAAACGUUGGUUGUCGGUCGGUCGUAUGCGAAGCAUGUUUGUGUGUGACUUUCGGUUCGAGCACACGCGUUCCCCCUCUCUCUCUCUCUCUCUGUCUACGCGCAACAUAUUCAUUCAUGAAAAUCGACUACGCGUCAUUGUUCAUUGACAAGAUGUGAGCAUGUCUGCUCAUGUAUUUGGCCCAUAAGAGUGCCAAAGUCGUGGCAUCGUCAUCGUUUUGCUGCCGCGACGGUGCCGUUGGCGUAGAUGACUAAUUCUUCAAUUUAGACUAUUCGCUUUGACUCUAGCCCGCGCUUCGAAAACAGACAGACGAGAGAGAAAAAAAAAACGGCACUUCCACUAUUGAUUACACAUGGUGCGUUAGCUUCGUUUUUGUGUAUAGCGUUUCGGCAGUGCUGGAUAUCGUGUAAACGGCAUUCGUCAUACAUAUUUUGCCGAAAUUCAAAUCGGAUUCUUGGAAUAUUGUGUGAUAUUGCUCCCCCCGCCUCUCUGAUGGAAUGUAACAUAAUAGACCGUCAAAAUGCUUCAAUAGUUUUUUUUUGUUCAGAGUAUGACUAAUGCACUGUACCAGCGGACCAGUGGUACUUUCUGUGGGUUAGAUGCGAUUUCAUCGAUCGCAUUUGUUAUUUAAAUUUCUUCUUUUCAAAAACACAAAACCGUUCAUAAUUUUAUUAAAUUAGCGACUGUGUUUUUUUUUUAUAAUUCAAAACUGGCUCGAUUGAACCGGCAUCAGGUGCAUAUGAAUUUCGCAAAUUUGUGAAAUAACCGUUCUUUAGUUUAAAAAUAGACAAUGGAUAUCAUCAACGUGGCCAAUGACUAAGAUAUCAAGCGUAUAAAGCAAAAACUAAACGUAAGUCAUUGUUCGAUAAACCAUCGACCAUCGACCAUAGAAAGUAUAGAGAAAGAGUGAAGUGUUUGUAUCAUUCAAAUAAACGUAAAUUAGCAUGAGACCCAAUUAAAUUUGCUACUUUUGGUGACCAACAAGUUGAGUGGUUGGUUCGUGUUGUGUUUGUCGUGUUUAUUGGCCGUAAAGGUGAUUAUCGGAUUAAAAGUCGGUUCUUUAUUGAUUGUUGCACAUUUCGAAUAUGAUGAACAGUCAAAAACAACAGACCCAACAAAAGACGUUCACGCGUUACGCGACUGAUGAGCACGACGAACGAGCGAGCGAGCGAAAGAGAUAAAUGUGUGAUAAAACAUUAAAUUGAAUAUAGAGACAUAGAAGACCGCCCGUUGAUCGAAAAAUGAAUAUGCAUGCCACUCUCGAUAGUGAUGAAUCCACCGUGUGUUUCGAGUUGUGUCAUUUUAUUUUUCGUUCGCUUGCUAUCUCCCUCUCGGACACAGCAUUCAGUCGGGUGGGUGAAUUGGUGUCCGUGUGCAUUUUACAACUUGUAAAGUGCGAAACUAACUGAUUCACACAGUCGCGCACAGCCACACAGCAGCAUAAGAAAAGUACGCACGAAAUUACAAAUGCGAAAGAGAAAAAGUAAACCGAACCGUGUGCAACAACGACUAUGACUCAAACGUUCUCUUCGAUUGCAUUGCAUUGGAGAGCUCAACUGCUAUGUGCAAUUGCUCUUUGGUCUCUCUGUACAAUUUUGCAUGUGAUCAGUAGUGCUGUCCCACUCUCUUCUCUUUUCUUUCUUUCUUUUCUUCUCUUGUCCGUGUGAUUCUUUCAUUCACCCCAAAAGAACGUUCCGCAGCAUUUCUCUCUCUCUUCUGUUCCUUUUUACGUGUUUUGUUCGCUCUCUCACAAUUCUUUUCUCACACACUAAAAACUGGCGAUCCAUCGUUCGCUCUGUAUACUCGAUCGCAUUUGUACAAAUCUCAGCAAGGGCAAAACAAACCGAACCGAGUGAGUGUGUGAGAGAGAGAGAGAGAGAGGGAGCGCGCAAAGCAAAAGCAAGCAAACACACAUGCAUAUAAAUACACACAAACGCAUUGCGCAUACAACAAAUCGGACAGCAGCGAGCCAACAACAAAUCACAGCGUUCGAAAAAAAAAACUAACAACAACAAUAACGACGACAACGACGACAACGAAGAAGAGAAGACACAGACACCUUGCUGCCUCUACUGCAGAAUCUUUUUUAGUUUAUGGGCUUUUGAACGAAAUAACAAAUUCAGUCUCAGUUUGGUUCCGAGCAUUGUCACGUUAACACGUCUCAAUCAGCGCACACACGAUUGUCGCUCUCUCACUCGACUACAUACAUUUUUUUUUUCUUCAUUUCCCACAUCGGUGUGCUCUCCAACACGAUUCGAAAUUCGUAUCAUUGCAUAUUCUCAUCGAAACCAUCAUUCCGAACGGUUGUGUGUUGUUCGAUAUACGCGAUUGAAUAAAAAAAAAGAAAAGAAUUUAUUCCUCGGUUUUCGUCCUAAUUUAUUUUUUCAAUCAACAAUUGUGCAAAGUUACUUACUAUUUCGUGCCCGACGACAUAAACACUAAUUUUAUGCUAUUGUGAAAUUGUUCAAUUUUAACGACGACAACGAUCAACGUUGAGAUUUUUUUUUUUUUCUUAAUAUUGAUUUGUCAAUUUGUGCGAUAUUUUUCUGUUGUUGUGAAAAGUCCAAGAAAUGAAAAUUGAAAAUAAAUUUUGUGAGAAAAAAAUAAUAACGACUACGACGACAAGAAACGAACAAAGUUUCUAGAGAGAAAAAAAAUUAGUUGAAAAACAGUGAACUGUCCGGAAAAAAAAGAGUUUAGAAAAUUUUUCUCGUUGCCGGUGGAUCAGUUAAGUUUUCCAUCAUUGAUCACAUUGGGAAAUUGUUUUGUGUGCCAGUGAAGCUAAGAAGAUGCGGUAUUUAACAACGCUUGUCGUUGCACUUUGCAUUCUACUUAGCUUUGCAGACGGUGCACCAUCAAUGGCACGUCAAAGGCACAGGCGCCACUACUGGCCGGCCAACGAUCAAUUCCAUCCAAAUAAAAUCAUUUGGAACAACUCGUGCGGUGGUACGGUGCCAAAAAAUGACACCUUCAGCGAUCACAGAAAUCGAACGGCAAAACCGCUGAAAGGAUUACGAAAUGAGCUGCCAAAUUAUUUGGUGCGUUUGAAUGAUCAACGCGCACAAGCCAUCGAUACAGAUGAUGUGUCACAAUGGUUCUCAGAGCCAUUCAACGCCACAUACAAGUUCCUCGCGCAAAUCAAUGCAUCAACAUCCAAUAUUCACUUGCGAAAGCGCCAUAUCGAGACGCAAGUGUACGUUGGUGCAUUUCAGUACUUGAGAUAUAAGCAAUUGCAUCACGACACCAUUCGAAACGUGAACAUUAACAAAACGAAAACAUUGGAGUACCUGUUGAUACUCGCAAAGAAUUUGCUGUGUGAAAUUGAGACGGCCAUCAACAAUACUGGGAUGAAGAUGCCAGUUAUCCUGUCAAGGGCAAUGAUGGACAACCGACUGACAUUCCGGAAUAAUGGCCGGCGCAUACGCAAACCGACAUCUGAUUAUGUGGACGAGGUCGAUGAAAUCGACAGUAAAUUCGCAAAGGUCCGUUUCAGCGAAUACCUACAAGGUUUGGAACAAGUGCUGAAAAAUCGAAUGGGAAAACAACAUCACCACAUUAAGAAGAAGCCACGGCCAACCAGAAAGCUGAAGAAAAAUUUGAAACAGAACGCUGUUGUUGGUGCUGUACGGACAAAAGUGAACAAACCAAGCAUUGACAAUGUGCAUCAUCUGCACGAAAAUCAUAUUGACGGCAGUGUUGCAUCGAUGAAGAGACAUCGGAGCCAGAAACACCGAAAUCUGUUCGGUCCACAGCAGGCACGAAGUCAGAAGCAGUUGCGAAAGGGGAUUGCUUCAUUGCGACCCAACGAAAUCAACAUGUUUCGAAAUCAUCGGAAAAAUGUGUCAGCCGUAAAAUCGGCAGCAGCAGCAGAACCAAUGGUUGCGUCAAAGACUUCAACGACAACAACAGUCGCACCACAAAUCUAAUGUACACUCAAUCAAACUCGCCAAUAUCGUCACCCAUCACCAUUCCUUCGAAAGUAUUAUAGUAACUCAAUCAUUCUUUAAUUUUGAUAUCAUCGAAUAUGCAUACGGGUUUGAUCGAUAUGCAGACUAUUUAAUUUAUUUUUUUUUUAGCGAUAGGUCGUGAUACGUUCAUGUUGUGUCGACAUUUAAUUUAUAUGAAGAAGAAGAAGAAGAAGAAAAAGAAAGAAAGAAUGAAACCUAUUAGGAGAAAAAAUGUGCCCAACGAACAGAAAAAAAAAAAUGUUUGCUCUCGUAGUUGUUCCCCUAAGGACAUUUUUGAUAAUAUGUAAUUAGUAAAUUUCAAUUGCUUUUUACUUAGAUCUAUCUUGACGCUGUGAUAUAAAGCUCUAAGUAUUUAUGUAUGUAUUUAGUUUAGAUUUACGCUUGGAAAUCGCGACAUGGAAAUAACAAAAGAAAAACGCCAAAUAUUUGCCUUUAACUCAAUCGAUCGUUUAAAAACGCCAUUUUAGAAGGAAAAACAACAUGAAUUUAUAUAAAUAAUUUGCAAACAAAUGUCCGUUCAGAUUUUCGGCAAUUUUUCAGUUCAUUGAAAAAUUUGUGCGCGACAAAUUCGAACGGACGUACCAACCACUUGCACUGUUUCCACUGCAUUGCUCUCUAUGGUCGUUUCUUUUGUUUAAACAAAAUGCGAUUCAGAAGAUGAAAUUUUUUGUAUAAAAAAAAAAAAUUGAGGAAGAAGAAAGAAAUGUAAAUAGUUUGUAAGUGAAUUGGUUCCUACAAGUAAAUUUGCCUUAAAAACAGAUACUUAACAUUCGUCCAAGUAUUAGACACUAAGAAUUUAUUUCUUCUUCUUUUUUGCUUUUGCGCGAUUCAAUGAAAUUUACUUGAUACACACUUUUUUCUCUGUCAUAGUCAUCUGCAACUUGCCAAUUUUUCAACAAUCACAUCUUAUUUAUUUUCGCCCAUUUUAACUCAUUGCGACAAAAAAUUGAAACAAAUUGGAUCAUCAAAAUUUGAUUUAACUAAAACAAUGUCUGUUGUGAUGACUUUGUGUGAUCAAUUUUAGUUGAGCAGCCAUUCCAAUUUUUUUCUUUCUUUUCAAUCAUAACCGUUUCACCAUUUAAGUUUUAAGUAAUACAGAGUUGAGAAGAGCUAGAAAAUCAACGAUUCAGCGAAAACAAACUAGCAUAAGUAAUGAAAAUGAACACAAAAACUUAAACUUGUUUAAAACAAAUUACGAUUAAGAAAGAAGGGAAAAUAAAAAGAAACCAAUUUUACAGAGAAAUA